UCUGAUGAAUAGGGGUACGCACUUUCGAAGGUACGAAAGGGGGCGCAAAAGGUUUCGAGAUGCUAAAAUAAAAGCGAAACAACAGAAGGUCCGCGAGAGUGGCGAGUCUGUGCACGCAAAAGGGUGGCUUUUUUUGCAGUACGUGGGAGUGCGUCGAAAAGAAGGUAUCGCAAGUAUCCAGCAUCCCAUCUUCGGUUGCAGAAAAAAACACAAAGUGCUGAAUAUCGAAGUAAAUUUGUGUCGAAACUAUCAUGUGGGACGACGAACCUGCAGCAUGGGAUGUACAGGAAGAAGCACCUCCUGAAGCAGCUGCCGAGGGUGCAGAAGGUGCGCCGGCUGAAGGAGCUGCUCCUGAGAAGCCACGUCUGACAUUAUUAAAACUCGAACCACCCCAUUACAAUCAUCAUUGGGUUCGACCAUUAUUUCUCAACUACGACUAUCUUUACGAUUAUAGGAAGAAUUAUUACGACGACGUGAUCGAUUAUCUCAAUCAUAGGCAGAAGGGCCUAUUUCGCGAACCUCCUAGGGCCCAGGAAUGGGCAGAAAGAGCCAUGAGAACUUACGAUCAGAAAAAUACGGAUAAGAGCUUUAAACGUUCAUCCGAUAUGAAGUACAUCACCAAUAUGGAUCUCAAGUCCAGACAUUAUAGUUAUCAUACUCGCGCCUAUUACAGCCUCAAAUAUCAGAAGAUCUUGUGAGAAAAUUAAUUUUUUGCUCUAUUAAACGUUGUUAAGAAAGUCAAAAGGUAACUUAAAUUUUACAUAUUCAUAUAUACGUCUAUAUACGUCAUAUAUACGUUCUAUCAAGAGAUCGAAGCAUCUCUAUAUUAAUAUUUUUGUUUUAAUAUAUAUUUUUUAAUCGA